ACCCAUCAAUGUCAAGCCAGCUAAAUUGUUUUAUUGGAAAGCAAAACAAAUCAACUGAAAAUUCUGGAGAUAGUGUUCAAGGAAUAAGAACCAAAUCUAAUCAUAUUGUUAAUGAACCAGAUCUUUCUGAACAUCCUUCUUUCAAUUUUCCCAACGAGACUAUAUCAUACGAGCGUUGUUUUAGAAAUACAAGUUAUGAUACUUUUUCACUGAUUCCAAUUGGACAAAAUUCUGAUUCUCGUCAGUUAACGUCACCGCAGCUACAUAAGAUAACGCAUGAGAAAUAUUCACCUGAAGAUCAUAAUGAAAUCUCAGAGAUACCAAGUUUUUCUCGGAUACCAACUUCUCAAUCUACCACUGUUACGAAAAUAUCAAAUAAAGAUGUUGUGACCGUUAAUAAUCAUAGUUCUUUACCAAUUUCACAAAAUAUGACUCCACGAAAAGUUAUGAAUUCAAUAAACGAAGAUACUAUGAAUAAUAGGUUAAUUCAAACAAAUGAUAAUUUAUUGUCAAGAUUGAGUUCUGAAAGUGAUAACAUAUCUACUUCUACAACAUCCUCGAAUUUCAUGUUGACAUCUUCAUCUGGCAAUAAACGAAAGCAAGAUAUGAUUUUUGAUGGUGCAAGAUGUCUUUGGGAAGCAUGUGCUGCUGUAUUUAGAUCUAUUGAUGAACUAAUACCACAUCUUUCAAAGCUGCAUAUAGCUCGACGCUCUAAUAGAAUUUCUUGUAGAUGGGCAUCUUGUUCAAAAGAACAAGAAAAUGACGAUGAAUUACUUCAACAUUUAUUUCAUGAUCAUUUGGCAGCGCGGGAUUUUCAACAUGAGUGCAAAUGGCAAGGUUGUUAUUUAAGAUUUGAAACCUAUGAAGAAUUAACUGGACAUGUUAGCGAAGGACAUAUCGGAUGCGGAAGAAGUCAGUAUGUCUGUUAUUGGGAGAGAUGUGACCGGAAUGGACGCCCAUUCUCGCAACGUCAAAAGGUUAUGCGACAUAUUCAGACACAUACUG